UGGUUUCUCUCUCCAAAUUUCAAAUUUACAUUUCUAAGCGGGAAGUGAAGCAAGAACACCUGCCUCUUAUGGCGGAAGGCAAGAAGAAGCCGGCCAUGAGUCUCAAUCAGCUCCACAAUCGAUUUCUAUCCGCCUCUCAAGCUAGACCCAAACAAAGACCUGUUGAUCAUACUAGUGCCUUACCAACGGGGAAGCCCGCCCACGCACUUGAUGAUGCCCCGCGCUUUGAUUUUGGUUCUCCUUCUCCUCCUCCUCCUCCUCCUACCCAAGGCUUUGAUGAUUUCGAUUCGCCUUCUCCCACCUAUGCCUCCAAACCACCUGAAAGUUGCAAGACAACUGAAGAAGAGGAAAGUUCUUUUAAGAGGAAUUCUGCUACUUCUGACUCAGUUGGUGUGGAUCUCAACAAUAUCGAGCUGGAGAGUAGUAAAAUACCUGCAGAAGCUAAUGCUGGGGAGGGCAAAUCUUUGUUAUCUAGUGUAACUGAUAAUUCCGAUUUUCCACGAGAAGAGAAGCAAAAGAAGGUUAGAAUGGAAGGCAGACGUCGCCUCUGCAAAAUUUCUGAGAACAAUGAAUACACCACUAAUGCUGGAGAAAAUGCUAUUAGUGCUCAAGAACCAAAUGUUGAAGAUAUUUGGGAUUUCGACUCACCAUUGCCAGCGAAGAAAACAUGCGAGAGUAGUGGAAAUGAAAUCAUGGAUAUACUGAAUGAUUUGAGCUCCAAACUUGAGAUCCUCUCCAUUGAGAAGAAAAAGAUUCCCAAGAAAGUAGAUAUCAUGGAUGAUUUUCAGGGCUCAUUGAAAAUUAAAUUACAUGAUGUAACCAUCAAAGAGGGGUUCCAUGAUUACAAGGCUGAUGUUUCAUCACAUGUACCACACUCUUAUUCCCAAGAUGAAACAGCUGGGACAAAAGGUGCUGGUAAUUUCAACAAUAAAUAUCAGAAGAACAAAACUAGUGGUGCUGAUGCAGUGGUUGAGAGCUACGUUGGUAAGCCCAGCAGAAACAUGGAUAAGUAUGAAAAGCUAAUAAAUAUUGAACCAGCGAGGGAACAUGCAAAGACAGGGUCAACUAAAGAAUUCCAAGAUUACAGCUACAGAAAUGAAGAUGAAGAUUAUGUGUCUUUUAGUAAACGACCUCCCUAUAAAAUGGAUAAGUAUGAAAGGCUAAUAAAUAUUGAACCAGCGAGGGUACAUGCAAAGUCAAGGUCAACUAAAGAAUUUCAAGAUUAUAGUUACCAAAAUGAAGAUGAAGAUUAUGUGGCUUUGAGUAAACGACCCCCCUAUAAAAAACCGGAUGGUCAAACAAAGUUUAUUGAGGUGUCUGAUGAAGAAUCUGAUGAUAGGCACUAUGAGCUCCAAUAUGUACUUCAGGUUAUCUUUCUUGUGAAUUCUGUAUACAACGAAAGGCAUGUAAAGUGCAUACAUUUGACAUGAAUGGAUUAUUUAUUACUUUUGGAUUAACAAUUUUAUGUUUUGUUAA